GGAGCGCAGGCACGGCCGAGGACUACCGGGGCUGGCGGCAAAGGAGAACGCUGGCCCGGGUGCCCCGCGGAGGAGUCGGGGGGGCGGUGCGGAGGGGCGGAUGGUCGGCGCCUCCCACCUCGCGGGACGCUCGGGCCGGGAACUCGUUAACAGGAAAGCUUGGCAGAGCAGCAAAUGCCAAGGUUCUGGAAGAACUGAGAGUCACGUCGUUCCGCGCUGAGGCUUUAUUUUCCUUCCCCGCCCCCUAGCCGCCUUCGGCCAGACUUGGCCAAAGAAGGAUGUGUCACCAGUUCGGGGCUGCGGGAGGGAUCCUGGCCACUCCGGGAACAGGGGCACCUGAAACAAAGGUAGAGGGCGGCCGAGUGGCUGAGCGGCAAGGGCCUCGGCGGCCGCCUCGGAGGGGCGUUCUCCGUGGGGACCACUCGAUGGAAACCAGCUGGCCGGGCUUGGAGUUGAUGGUGCAUCGGAACUGGGUUGUGCUCACAUUAUUUCCAUUCCUCCCACUCUCUGAUAAAGCCUACGGAAAUUUUAUCCCACUCGAUGCUCUGCAAAUGCGGAGGGAGGAGACAGAUUGCUGUUUGUAAAUUAUAAGGUUUCUUGGUUGUUCACAGAAAAAAAUGGAUCACUUAAGGAUUUGGGGGACUCAGCUAUCACAAUACUCCUGUACCACCAACUAAGAUUUAUAUGACAGUUUAUGGUAAUAAAUUUUCAUAAUAUAGAACCACUGAAGAAUUAAAAGAAGAUAUUCUUUCAUAAAAAUAAUACUAUAAUAUCAAGUUACUAAAUAAAACUAAAAUAUAUAAUAUUUAAAUUAUUAGACUUACUAAUAUAAGCAUACAUGUGCAGCAGCUACUGUAUACUGUUACCAAACCUCAAAUAUAAAGAUUUCCUUUCAUGGAAAAAUUACUAUAUUUUGCAAGAAGCCACUGAACAUUGUCAUUAAAUAUUUUUUCAGCGAAGUGUCAUUUCAAGAAACAAAGUCUAUAAAGUCCUACCACUAAGUGAAUUAGAUAUUAUGGCAGCAACUUACAGACUUGUAGUUAGCACCGUGAACCAUUAUAGUAGUGUGCUGAUAGACCGGCGUUUUGAACAAGCCAUACAUUAUUGCACUGGAACCUGCCACACCUUCACACAUGGAGUAGACUGCAUUGUGGUGCAUCAUAGUGUUUGUGCAGACCUCUUGCAUAUCCCUGUGUCUCAGUUUAAAGAUGUAGAUCUGAACAAUGCGUUUUUGCCCCAUGAAAAUGGGCUUUCCUCUGCUGAAGACUAUCACCAUCAGGCCCUAACAGGCAUACCCAGGGCCAAGAAAGCAUCUACAUUUCAGAAUACCUGUAACUUAAAGGAUAUUGCAGGAGAAGCAAUCAGCUUUGCCAGUGGGAAAAUAAAAGAAUUUUCCCUUGAAAGACUCAGAAAUUCAAACCAUGCAGCUUACAAAAAAGGAAGAAAAGUUAAAUCUGACUCAUUUAAUAGGAGGUCAGUUGAUUUUGACCUACUCUGUGGCCAUUAUAAUGAUGGGACCUCUCCAUCCUUUGGUUUACUCCGGAGUUCCUCAGUUGAGGAAAAAUCUUUAUCUCAAAGAAAUUCAUUUGAUACAAACCUGACUUCCAUGCUUCUUCAGAACUUUUCUGAAGAAGACCUAGUUACUCAGAUUUUGGAAAAACAUAAAAUAGAUCAUUUUUCUUCUGGGACAGAUAUAAAAAUGUGCUUGGACAUCUUACUGAAAUGUUCUGAAGAUUUGAAAAAAUGUACAGACAUCAUAAAACAAUGCAUAAAGAAAAAGUCAGGAGCUAGCAUCAAUGAAGGAAAUGGCAAUGAUGCAAUUUCUAACUCUGAAACUGUCUAUAUGAAUGUCAUGACCAGGCUAGCAUACUACCUGAGAAAGUUACCAUUUGAAUUUAUGCAAUCUGGGAAUAAUGAGACCAUAGAUUUAACAGAACUUGUCAGUAAUAUACCUAACUUACAACUGACUCCAUUCUCCCCAAUAUAUGGGACUGAACAGCCCCCUAAAUAUGAAGAUGUUGUCCACCUGUCAGUCCUUGACUCUGGACAGUUUCAGACUGUUGAAUUGCAAGAUGACAAGCAUAAUUUUAAACAAGCAGACACUGUAAAAGCCACUCCAAACAUCACAAAUUCCUUGUGUAGCUUGGAGGUAAACAAUCCUGAAACUCUAAAACCUGUGCAGCUUCAAUCGCCGUCAUUAACAGUGAACGCUCUAGAGAAUGUUUCUUCUGGUAACUUAAUAGAAACUCUUUAUAUUGAAGAAGAAUCAGAUGGAAAGAAGUCAUUAUUAGAUAAAGGACAAAAAACAGAGAACGGACAAGGUCAAGGUCUGCUAAAGGUAAAUGAACAUAAAGAAUUUUCAGACCAUGAUACUCAUCUUAAAAAAUGUCCUGCCUCAGUGCAAAAUGAAAUUGGUAAGAUAUUUGAAAAGCCAACGAUGGUUCAUCCACCUAAGGAAGAAUCUAAAUUAGAAGUUCCUACCAUUGAACUAAAAGGCCAGAGACACUUUAUGAAUCCUAAUAGUCAAGAAGAGAUAGACAAACUGUUAAUGGAUUUGGAAUCAUUUUCACAGAAGAUGGAGACCUCUCUUGGAGAACCACUUGCCAAGGGUAAAAGCAUCAGUUCUCUAAAUAGUCACAGUCAUUUGACUGGUCAAAUCCAUGAAGAUCUUGAGCCUAAACCUAUAGUCUCCUCACCUGCAGAAAAAGUCUCACCUUCCUGUCUAACAAGGAUUAUUGAAAGCAAUGGACACAAAAUAGAGGAAGAAGACCGAGCCCUCUUACUUCGGAUUCUGGAAAGCAUUGAAGACUUUGCUCAAGAACUAGUUGAAUGCAAAUCAGGCAGAGGAAGCCUAUCACAAGAAAAGGAAAUGAUGCAGAUUCUACAGGAAACCUUGACAACUUCCUCCCAAGCCAGUCCAUCUGCCUGUAGGAGCUCUGUUGGUGAGAAAGCCAAAGAUAGUGCUUCAGUUGUUUUAAUUCAGCAGACACCAGAGGUGAUCAAGAUUCAAAAUAAACCAGAAAAGAAACCUGCAAAACCACUUCCAUCUGCAGCUGUCCUUCCAAGUAGUCCCCAGCCUGUCUCCCCUACGCCUCAUGUGAAUGAUGUUGUGACUACACCGUCCAUAAACAUUCCACAGUUCUACUUCCCUGAAGGACUCCCAGACACCUGCAGUAACCAUGAACAGAUCCUAAGCAGAGUUGAAACCGCUUUCAUGGAUAUUGAAGAUCAGAAAGCAGAUAUUUAUGAAAUGGGGAAAAUUGCAAAGCUCUGUGGCUGUCCACUCUAUUGGAAAGCCCCCAUGUUCAGGGCUGCAGGAGGAGAGAAGACUGGAUUUGUGACAGCACAGUCAUUCAUUACCAUGUGGAAAAAGUUGCUAAAUAACCAUCAUGAUGAUGCCUCUAAAUUCAUCUGGCUCCUAGCAAAGCCGAGCUGCAUCUAUCUGGAACAGGAAGAUUUUAUUCCUUUACUUCAGGAUGUGGUAGACACACACCCUGGCCUCGCCUUCCUGAAAGAUGCUCCAGAAUUCCAUUCCCGCUACAUCACCACGGUUGUUCAGAGGAUAUUCUACACGGUCAACAGAUCUUGGAGUGGAAAAAUUACUUCAACAGAGAUAAGGAAAAGCAACUUUUUGCAAACUCUGGCCCUCUUGGAGGAAGAGGAAGAUAUAAACCAAAUCACAGAUUACUUCUCUUAUGAACACUUCUAUGUCAUUUAUUGUAAAUUCUGGGAACUAGAUGGUGAUCAUGACCUGUACAUCAGCCAGGAUGAUCUAUCUCGAUACAAUGACCAGGCUUCAUCAAGUAGAAUUAUUGAAAGAAUAUUUUCGGGAGCAGUAACAAGAGGAAAAACAGUACAAAAAGAGGGAAGAAUGAGCUAUGCAGAUUUUGUUUGGUUUCUGAUUUCUGAGGAAGACAAACGGAACCCUACCAGCAUUGAGUAUUGGUUCCGCUGCAUGGAUGUGGAUGGAGAUGGUAUACUUUCCAUGUAUGAGCUGGAAUACUUCUAUGAAGAGCAGUGCGAACGAAUGGAAGCCAUGGGCAUUGAGCCUUUGCCAUUCCAUGAUCUGUUGUGCCAGAUGCUUGACUUGGUGAAGCCAGCUAGUAAUGGCAAAAUAACUCUACGCGAUCUGAAGAGGUGCAGAAUGGCUCAUAUCUUCUAUGACACUUUCUUUAACCUGGAGAAAUACUUGGACCAUGAACAAAGAGAUCCUUUUGCAGUCCAGAAGGAUGUUGAAAAUGAUGGUCCUGAACCCUCUGACUGGGACAGAUUUGCAGCUGAUGAGUAUGAGGCUCUUGUCUCAGAAGAAUCCGCCCAGGUGCAGCUCCAGGAAGGCUCCUUUGAAGAUUAUGAAGCAGAUGAACCUGUGUCUCCCUCUGAAUUUGGAAACAAGGGUAAUAAAGUAGUAACUUCAAGCCUUUCAGAGAGAUGUGGAAAGCUUCAGUCCGUGGAUGAAGAGUAGCUGCCAACAUCUACACAGAAGGAUGGUGUGGAGAGAUGGUCUAGUUUGCACACUGCUUUGUAAAGGCUUUGAUUGCUCCAAGUGCACUAGAAACUAAAAUGCUCUUAAGUAGUUCAGCUCAGGAGACCCCUCCAGUUUGCCACAAACCUCCUGCAGAGCUCUUCCUUGGAAGUACCUACUGUCACCAAUUUCCAAAGUCUGCAAUCUGCACUCUACACCCCUCAGUGUAUGGAGGCUCUCUUGGAAACAAGACCAAGCACAGGUCUUUGCAUAUAAAGAAGCUGCCUUAGUGUUGGCCAGCUUCCCUGGGGUCCCCAGGCUCCUACAAAACCUAGAAGAAAACUUCACUUGCAGAAAACUUAAGUCAAAGAGUCUGAAACUUGGAAAAGGACCUCUAGAAUUGACUUUGUUCUAGUAACGAAAGCACUGCCAAACAUCUCAGAAACUACUUAUGUGUACUGGAGUUCAAGGACCUUGAACUUACCUGGUUUAAUGUAAUUUCACCAUGACCUGCCAAACUGCUAGUCACUUUACAUUCUCAGGUAUUGUAACCACUAGGCCCUUCCAACUCUUCUGGCAAGCUCUGCAGCCUCUGCAUCUGACUGUGGGUCUUGUACAAAAUCUCCAGAAAAAUCCUUAAAAUGAAGGUAAGGGCAGAAUCUGGCACUUAUGAUAACAUGUGUAGCCAACUAUUGGGCGAUUAUUAAUCUACAGAUUAGUUGAUGAUCUGUCUUCAUUUCUAGCAGGCCUACUUGAAGACUUAAGGAAUGUGAUACACCAUGGAAACUUCUCACUAUACAGAUUUCCUCCCCUUCUUGAAUACUAGAGUAAGCCAAAAGAAAAAGGCUCAAACUAAACAGUAUUCCUUACUGUUUAGAAACUACUACACCAGAUAUUUCAUCCACCUCAUUAUCAUCACACUUGGAAGAAAACAAUUCUCACCCACAGUAGAAAUUACUAUAGUGGUAAAUUCAAAAUCCUACAUUUUUCAACAGGCCACCGUGCAACUAAAUCCUACAGUGCUUAUUGUUAACCUUCAUGCUGGAAAAAAAAAAA